CCGAAAAUGCCUUCGGAAAGUAAAGUGAUCACUUCUUGGGCAGAUGAAGGUGGUGACGAUGAUGAUUAUGGUUCUUUUGAUGAGGAAACUUUACCACCUCCUUCAUUGAAGAUUGAAGGAAAUACCAAGAUUGUUACUUCUUAUAAAUAUGAAGAUGGUAAAAAAUACAAGGUAAUCAGUCAUUACAAGAUUGAACGAAUCAAAGUGUCGAAAGCAGUUUCAACCAGAAAACAAUGGAAAAAGUAUGGAAAAGCUAUUGAUGAUCCACCAGGUCCCAACUCUUCAAAUACUAUUUGUUGUGAGGAUGUUUACAUGCAGUUUAUUUCCAGCAAAGAUGAUGAGAAUAUGGAUAAAGAUGAUCCUCUACAAAAUCUUGGUAAUAAGAAUGUUGUCAAGUGUCGAUACUGUGAGAUGGAUCAUUGGACUCUCAAAUGUCCUUAUAAGGAUAAGUUUGAAAAUAAAGAAAAAGAAAGUGGUGCUGGUCCAUCUUCAAUCAAUCUCGAUUCACUUCGUGGUGCUGGUGAUGAUAAGAAAGGAGGCCUUGGUGGUAAAUAUCUUCCACCCAGUCUUCGAGAGGGUGGAAAUAAACGAGGUGAUUUCUUGGUAAACAGCAAAUCAAAGGACGAAGCCAAUACAAUUCGUGUCACCAAUUUACCAGAAGAGAUUCAAGAUGGUGACAUUAAAGAUCUUUUCCAUCAAUUUGGUAAAAUUGUUCGAAUCUUUUUGGCGAAAGAUAAAUACACUGGACAAUCUAAAGGAUUUGCUUUUGUUAGUUUUGAUCGCAAGGAAGAUGCUGCAAAGGCAAUUAAACACGUUAAUGGAUUUGGUUAUGCUAAUCUUAUUCUCAAUGUAGAAUGGGCUAAACCAUCUAACAACAAGAAACUUUCUGGUGGCGGUGGAAGCUCAUCAUUAGGCUCAAUUCCAGUCGAAGGUGAUCCUGGUUUAAUUAGACAACAAUCAACUUCAUCUACGGGAGGAGGUGGAGGUGGUGACGAUGAUGAUUAUGGUUCUUUUGAUGAGGAAACUUUACCACCUCCUUCAUUGGAGAUUGAAGGUAAUACCAAGAUUGUUACUUCUUAUAAAUACGAAGAUGGUAAAAAGUACAAGGUAAUCAGUCAUUACAAGAUUGAACGAAUCGAAAUGUCAAAAGCAGCUUCGACCAGAAGACAAUGGAAAAAGUAUGGAAAGUCGAUUGAUGAUCCACCAGGUCCCAACUCCUUGAAUACUAUUUGUUGUGAGGAUGUUUACAUGCAGUUUAUUUCCUGCGAAGAUGAUGAGAAUAUGGAUAAAGAUGACCCUCGAAAAACUCUUAGUAAUAUGAGUGAAGGUAAAUGUCGUAAUUGCGGGAUGGAUCAUUGGACAAUUGAAUGUCCUUAUAAGGAUAAGUUUGAAAAUAAAGAAAAAGAAAAUGGUGCUGAUCCAUCUUCAAUCAAUCUCGAUUCACUUCGUGGUGCUGGUGAUGAUAAGAAAGGAGGUCUUGGUAAAUCUCUUCCACCCAGUCUAUUAGAUGGUGGAAAUAAUCGAGGUGAUUUCUUGGUCUCUAAAGACGAAGCCAAGAAAAUUUGUGUUACCAAUUUACCAGAAGAGAUUCAAGAUGGUGACAUCAAAGAUCUUUUCCAUCAAUUCGGUAAAAUUGUGCGAAUCUUUUUGGCGAAAGAUAAAUACACUGGACAAUCUAAAGGAUUUGCUUUUGUUAGUUUUGAUCGCAAGGAAGAUGCUGCCAAUGCAAUUAAACACGUUAAUGGAUAUGGUUAUGAGCAUCUUAUUCUCAAUGUAGAAUGGGCUUUCGAUGCUAAUCGAAAAUCUGAAGACAAUGAAUCAAUUCCAUUGAAAAAUUAUUCUCAAUACCAUACUUAUACUCGAGAUUAUACUCAAUUUGAUGUUGAACUAUUAUCACAAUUAUAUUGUUUUCUCAAAAAAGUUUCCACGAAAAAGAUCGUGAAAGAUAAGUCAAAACGGCAUCGUUCAUAUUAUUCAUGGAAGAAUGGGGAAUGGAGAAUUCGAUUUUUUUGGAGAAAUUUUUUUAAAAAUACUUAUCUCAUGCAUUGAUUAUCAUGGUAACAUUUUAAGAGUCAAUAUCCACUGA